UUGACGACAGACCGUUAUUAUUGUCUACUGGCAGCUUUCCAACAAACCCAGAAUGCUGAUUUUGUUUCCAUGCAAAAUAUAUAUUAUGUACACUGUAGUUUACGGCAAGGCGACUUAAGUACGCUGAAAGGAAGUGGCCGUCUGUCGACCCCGGUCAAAUCUUGUUACCAAGUACCGUCGCUGAACGAAACGAUCGCCAAAAAACUGACCAGGAAGUUUCCCAAGAAAAUGAUCGAUUACACCAGGGACCAUCUGGUCAGAACCUAUCCAGCAGGUGUGAGGAUAGACUCGUCAAAUUUCAACCCGCUCAUGUUUUGGUCAUUCGGAAUCCAAAUGGUGGCGCUGAACUACCAGACGUCAGAUGGAGCGAUGGUGCUCAACACAGCAAUGUUCGAACAGAACGGCAAUUGCGGGUACGUGCUGAAGCCGAGAGUCAUGUGGGACGAAUCGUGUCCACUUUACGGCCAGUACAAUCCGUGGGACUUCGAGACGAAGGUGACGCGAAACUUGCAGCUGAUCGUCACCGUCGUGUCUGGACAGUUUCUCUCGCUGUCACCUAGCGAUGGCAGUCCUUACGUGGACGUCGAAACGAUCGGCAUUCCGUGCGACUGUUUCAAGGAGCGUACGAAGACGGUGCAGAAGAACACCCUGAAUCCAGUGUGGAAUCAGUCGUUCUUGUUUGAGAUAAAAUUCGCUGACCUCACCUUUCUACGGCUGUCCGUAGUUGACGCUUUGAACGGCAAGUGCAUUGGACAGAGAGUCAUUCCUCUGAAGCAACUGAGGCAAGGCUAUCGCCACGUUCCGUUGAGAAACUCGUACAACAGACCUCUGGAAAUCUCCACACUGUUCAUCUACUCUCGAAUGGAACAUGAGGACAUUAUCAAACUGGACACCUGCGAGACCGUCCAUUCGGACAUCACCCGGUCUUCAAGUCAGUCCGAAGUAAUAAAUAACCACCUGGCCUUGCGCGAGAUACACCCACAAAAUGAGACGGUCGAUGAAUUCGUGUUAGUCGAAGAUAUGUCAGACUCAUGUCUCAAUUCUAACCAAAAGCAAACGGCCGCAAAACGAGUGCUUAGUCCAGACGAGUUCGUUCUAAGAGCCGUCAGCCCUCGCGACCAGUUGAAAGGGCGGUUCAUCAUUCAGAGAAAAGAAGAAAAUGUAAAAUUUUUGAUUUUUUUUUAUCAGAGUAAUUUUUCGAGCUUAGAGUCCAGGAAAAACGACAACCAAGCCUCGAAAGCAUGGGCGGAACAAAUCGAUGGAACCUUCAUGGUGUGCAUACACAACGUGUCCCCAAAUCAGGCGUAUACCAUUAUUAGAGUUCCGGUUCAAAGCACCACUCAGGAUAUUAUCGUUCAGGUAAGCCUUGUUGUUCAAUAUGGCAAUAUUAAUUUCAGCUAUUGUUGUUUUUCCUCUGCUCAAACACCAGGGAAUCGCUGUCUGCUAAAAUAA